AUGCAGCCUCCCAGGGCGCGGCCCGUGGCUGGGAGCAGCCUCAUCGGUGGCACUCUCGGCUGCUAUGCUCAUUUCCGCUCAUUCCCGGCCCUCAGACCCCUCGUGAAGCCCGAGAUCGUCAAAAAGAGGACCAAGAAGUUCAUCCGGCGCCAGUCAGACCGCUUUGUCAAAAUUAAGCGCAACUGGCGGAAACCCAGAGGCAUCGACAGCAGGGUGAGGAGGAGGCUCAAGGGCCAGACCUCGAUGCCCAGCAUAGGUUAUGGAAGUGACAAAAAGACAAAGCACAUGCUGCCCAGCGGCUCCUGGAAGUUCCUGGUGCACAGUGUGAAGGAGCUGGAGGUGCUGCUGAUGUGCAACAAGUCUCACUGUGCGGAGAUGGCUCACAACGUCUCCUCUAAGAACCGCAAAGCCAUCGUGGAAAGAGCAGCCCAGCUAGCCAUCUGGGUCACCAAUCCCAAUGCCAGGCUGCCCAGUAAAGAAACCAAGAUGGCCUUACGCCACCUCUGGGAGCUGGCAGGGGAUGGAAGCGGUGGCAGUGACUACCGCAAGAUCUUGGGGCCCCCACAGAUGUAUGAGGGGCUUGGAGAGAAAAACUACUUCUGCACAAACACUGAGCCCUACAAGGAAGGUUCCGUGUUCCAUGAUGACGGCGGAGACCUUCAUGAAGCGUCAAAUGUCAACAGCUUCACCAGGUUCUGCAAAUAA